AUGCAGUCGAAAAGCCAAGUCGUGAUUCUGGUUUGCUCUAUCAGCUACAUCAUUUUGUGGGGAACCGGAUGCACAGGGGCGUUCAUCACCAAUCUGUCCGAGGGCUGCUACAGAUGCCUGUGCCACGUGUCGACGAAAUGCGACACUUCGCACGGCUGCACGGCGGGCUACUGCGGGCCGUUCAACAUCUCGCGGGUGUACUGGAUAGACGCUGGCAAAAUCACGCUUCCCGACGACGACCCCGAUAGGAAUCAUGCUUGGGAGGACUGCGCAAGGAAUUAUCAUUGCUCUAAGAGAAUUAUUGAAGGAUAUUUGCAAAAAUUUGGUAAGGACGCCAUCGGUUUGACAACU